AUGGCAUUAGCUUGGCUCUUGGCUCUUCUGAUUGUCGCCCCUCUUCUCUGUCAGAGUUGCCCUGCAAGCCCACAAAAGUGUCCACGUGAUGGUCACGGACACGCUACUGUGUCGCAUUAUGUGCUAGAAUACUUGAAAGGGGUCUCUGAACUCGGCAAGGAUGUGAAGUUUUUCGGGCCCACGAAGACCUGGUUUGGAAUACAAUGCUACGAACCAAAACUCGUGGGGGACUGCGUUGAUGGAAGCUCCAAAACCUCGACUACUUGCAACAUUCUUUUCUCUGCUAUUAAUGUGCGGACUACUUAUUUGGGUUUCGGAAACUCUGCGGAAAGGCUUACACGAAAGAUAGUCAACGUCCCCGCAAAGGCAGAAGUAAGCAUCACGCGCCAGCCGUCCGGAGAACCUUCCUUUAUGCAGAUGACUGAGCUUACCUUCCCCAAUCUUUAUGGAGUCCUAAUGAGCGGUUACCCAACAACAGCAGAGUGGGCUCAAGAGGUCUUUUCGAACGCACAUCUAUAUGCUUACCAGGUCUACCAGGAGAACAAGUCACCGGGGUGUUACCUCUGA